ACAGAUAUCCCCCAAAUGUCAGAACAGUAGAGAUAUCCCCCAAAUGUCAGAACAGUAGAGAUAUCCCCCAAAUGUCAGAACAGUACAGAUAUCCCCCAAAUGACAGGACAGGACAGAUAUCCCCCAAAUGUCAGGACGGUACAGAGAUCCCCCAAAUGUCAGGACAGUACAGAUAUCCCCCAAAAUGUCAGGACGGUACCGAUAUCCCCCAAAUGUCAGGACAGUACAGAUAUCCCCCACCCAAAUGUCAGGACAGUACAGAUAUCCCCCAAAUGUCAGGACGGUACAGAUAUCCCCCAAAUGUCAGGACAGGACAGGACAGAUAUCCCCCAAAUGUCAGGACGGUACAGAGAUCCCCCAAAUGUCAGGACAGUACAGAUAUCCCCCAAAUGUCA